AUGGAAGAUGAGCCUCUGUUGUUGACAUUAACCCCCAGCGCUACUCGUCGUCACUACGAUAUCUUCACCGGAAUCGUCAAGAACGAAGCAGCAGUAGUUACUGUACGCGGUCAACGAAACCAAUAUUUCGGCUUCUUCAACGACUUCGGAAAACCAGUAGCCAGCUCAGUGUUGCAAUCUUCAAGAAAGAAGCUGCGGGCGCCAACUAUCUCAAAGUUAUCGCUAUCGAGGAUGGACUCGAAGAUCGAUGCGCUGCCGUAUAAGUGGCCGGCGCAAGGGGGUCUUGAUCCAACGACGACUGCGUUGAUGAUUAUCGAUAUGCAACUGGACUUCUGCUCCCCGGACGGCUACCUCGUUCACCAAGGCUACGACAUCUCCCCCGUGCGAGCCAUCAUCCCCCGCCUCCAAACCCUCCUCUCCCUCUUCCGCACACACGCCUUCCCUAUCUACCACACGCGCGAAGGCCACCGCCCAGACCUCUCAACCCUCUCCCCCCGCGAAGCGCACCGCUCCCGCCUCAACCCCUCCGGCCUCGGCAUCGGCGACGGCGCAGGCCCGGGCGGUCUCGGCCGGUUCCUCAUCCGCGGCGAGCCCGGCCACGCCAUCAUCCCCGAGCUAGCGCCCCGCGCCGGCGAGCCCAUCAUCGACAAGCCCGGCCGCUCGGCCUUCCAGCACACCGACCUCGGCCUGCUGCUGCGGCUGAAGGGGGUGCGGAAUCUGGUCCUGGUGGGCGCCACGACGGACGUGUGCGUGAGUAGCACUAUGCGUGAGGCCAACGAUAAUGGCUUCGACUGUCUGCUCGUGAGCGAUGCGUGUGCUGCGAGUGAGGAGCGGCUGCACGCGGGCGCUGUUGGGAGCGUGCUGGCUGAGGGCGGGAUCUUCGGGGCUGUGGCGAGCUGUGAUCGGGUUGUUGCCGCGUUGGAGGCGCUGGCGUAG